AUGGAAACAGAAAUUAAAAUUGAAUUGAAUACAUCAACUGAAGAAAAUAAUGCAUAUUUAUUAAAUACUGAGAACAUUAAAAUUGAACAUGAAUUACAGAUGUUACAGACCGAAUUAAUAAUCAAAGAUGAAAACAUUGAUGAUAUCGAACAAAAUUUUAUUUCUAGACAUAAAAAAAUCCAUACGAGAAAAAAACCUUAUGUGUGCGAUAUUUGUGAUAAGAAAUUUACAACACGUAAAUAUUUAGUUGUUCAUACACGAAUUCAUACAGGGAAAAAAUCUCGUGAUAGAAAAUUCGUUUGUGUUGAAAGUGAAAAAUUAGUGUGCGGUGUUUGCGAUAAGAAAUUCAAUCACAAAGGAAGUUUAAUUGCACAUCAACGAAUCCAUAGCGGAGAAAAACCAUUUCAGUGUAAUAUUUGUGAUAAAACUUUCGGCCACAAAACAACUCUAAUUAGACACCAACACGUUCAUACAAAAGAAAGACCUUAUGCAUGCGAUCUCUGCGAUAAGAAAUUUUCCUCCCAACAAUAUUUAGUUUUUCAUAAACAAAUGCAUGCGGGAAAAACUAUUGAAUGUGAUGUUUGUAAUAAGAAAUUCACCCUCGAAGCAAGUUUAAUUCAACAUAAGCGAAUUCAUACAGGAGAAAAACCAUUUGUUUGUGAUAUUUGUGAUGAAAAAUUUAUUCAACGAACAAGUUUAAAUAGACACAAACAAAUUCAUACAGGAGAAAAACCUUUUGGAUGCGAUAUGUGUAAUAAAAAAUUCAAAGAAAAAAACGCUUUAACCGGCCACAAACGACGAAGCCAUUUUGGAGAAAAACCUUUUACGUGUGAUAUUUGUGAUAAAGGAUUCACUCAGAGGACAAGCCUAACUAAACAUAAAUUAAUUCAUGGAGAAAAAUCUUUCCGAUGUGAUAUUUGUAAUAAAAAUUUUAUCAGUCGAAGUGAUUUAGCUAAACAUAAACAAAUUCAUACAGAAGGGAAAUUUUUUGAGAGUGAUAUUGGUGAUGAAUUAUACAAUCAAAAUAAAAGUCAAGAUCAAUUAAUUCAAACAGGAGAAACACCUUUUUUAAAUAAUGGGUGUGAAACAGAAGAAAGACUUUAUUCAAGGGAUGUUUGUGAAACAGAAGAAAGACUCAGCUUAAGGGAAAAGAAAGACUUUAUUCAAGGGAAGUUUGUGAAACAGAAGAAAGACUUUAUUCAAGGGAUGUUUGUGAAACAGAAGAAAGACUUUAUUCAAGGGAUGUUUGUGAAACAGAAGAAAGACUUUAUUCAAGGGAAGUUUGUGAAACAGAAGAAAGACUUUUUUCAAGGGAUGUUUGUGAAACAGAAGAAAGACUUUAUUCAAGGGAUGUUUGUGAAACAGAAGAAAGACUUUAUUCAAGGGAUAACUUUAAUUGUACACAAACGAAUCCAUACUGGAGAAAAACCUCUUGCAUGUGAUGUUUGUGAUGAAAAAUUCAACCAUGUGACAAGUUUAGCUCGACACAAACAAAUUCAUACAGGAAGAAAUUUUAAAUGUAAUAUUUGUAACAAAAAAUUCACCGAUAAAGCCGCUUUAAUUGGACAUAAACGAACUCAUACUGGGGAAAAACCAUUCUUGUGUGAUUUCUGUGAUAAAACAUUCACACAAAGCACAAGUCUAGCUAGACAUAAAUUAAAUCAUACCGGAGAAAAAUCUUUUGGUUGUGAUGUUUGUGAUAAGAAAUUUUACAACAGAACCGAUUUAAAUAAACAUAAACAAAUUCAUACAGGAAAAAAAUUUGUAUGCGAAAUUUGUGAUAAAAACUUCACCCAGAAAUCAACCUUGAUUGCACAUCAACGAAUCCAUAACGGAGAAAAACCAUUUCAGUGUCAUAUUUGUGAUAAAAGUUUCGGUCACAAAACAACUCUCAUUAGACACCAACACGUUCAUACAAAAGAAAGACCUUAUGCAUGCGAUCUUUGUGAUAAGAAAUUUUCCUCAAAGCAAUAUUUAGUUUUUCAUAAACAUAUUCAUGACGGAAAAACCAUGGAAUGUGAUGUUUGUAAUAAGAAAUUCAUCUUAAAAGCAAGUUUAAUUGCACACAAACGAAUUCAUACUGGGGAAAAACCUUUUGUGUGUGAUAUUUGUGAUGAAAAAUUUAAUCAACGAACAAGUUUAAAUAGACACAAACAAAUUCAUACAGGAAGAAAAUCUUUUGCCUUCAAACAUUUUCCGAGAAAGAAAAUUUGA